CUUAAUUCAGAUCGAGAAUGUAUGUAUUUAUAACACAUAAUAUGUUCUUAAUACAUAUAUUAUUGGGCAGGAAAUAAGCAUUUUUGUCCUCAUAUCAUGUGCUUUAAAAUAGGGGUGAUUAUACGGUCCGGUCCGGUUAAAUUGGUCCGAAUUCCCGGUCCGAUCUUUUCGAGAAUAUAAAGACCAAAGAUUGGAUUGGAUACAGUCCGAUCAGGUCCCAAUUCAGGCUUGAUUUUAUAUUGAGAUUGUGGGGAUUUGAGUGGCAUGAGGGGGGAUUUGAGUGACCUAAGGCCUGAAAGGGCGAGGAGGUUAAAUUUUGGGUGUUGGGCUCUCUUAUCCGGUUUUCGGUCCGGUCCCAAAUAAUUUUUUACCUCAAAUCUAGACCCGAAAAAUUGGAUUGAAUUGUUUGCUAUCUGAUCCCGAUCCUGUUUCGAUCCGAGUCAUACGGUCCAGUUUCGGAUAAAACCAAAAAGCCCGUAACAAAUACACGCGUUCUUAAUAAUUUAACUAACACAUGAUUAUCGCAUCUAUGACCUCUCCGGCCGGCCGGCGAGAAAAGAAAAUUUUAAAACAAGACUAUUAUUAUAUUCAAUGGAAAUCUAAGUUUUCUGUAGAACCGAUCAUGACCCUGGAUGGACGUUCUAAGUUUGGUCCACCGGAAAGUUCCACCAGUGCACAAACAUUGAAUUCGGCGACAAUUAAUUAACCACGUGAGCGCAACACCCCCAUGUCAUAGAGUUGACAAAAUACAAAGCUUAGACAAAAGGAAAACGAAGCAGAAUAAAACACAGACUAUAUAAGAAAUAAUGGAGGACAACCCAAAGCAGACGCAAGCUCACAUGCCGUAUAUAUUUUAGAAGAAGAAGAAGAGAUGGGCGUAAUCAGAGGGGAGAUAUGUCACGAGGCUCCGGUGGAAGCUCCGGCGAGCGUGGUGUGGGAAUCGUACAGAGGGCUUGAGCUUUCCCGGCUGGUGAAUGAGCUGAUGCCUCACCUCGUCGGCACCGUGGAGGUCGUCGAGGGAGAUGGAUCCGCCGGCACGAUUGUCAAGCUCGUUUUUCCUCCAGGAACUCCCGGAAUUGGAUACCUAAAAGAAGUGUUCAGAAUCAUGGACGACGAGAAGCGUGUGAAGGAAUCGGACACGUUGGAAGGUGGUUUCCUACAUCUUGGGUUUGAUCAUUAUACCAUACGAGUUGAGGUCAUCGACAACGACGCACAACCACGUCAUUGUAUUAUUAGAUCCACGAUCAAGUACGAGCUCGAGAACGAUUCAAAAGCACACCUUCUCUCCCAGCUCUCCAUCCAACCACUUAUCACUAUUGCCCACGUCGUCGGUGAUUACAUCGUCAACAAUCACAACAACAAGUAACUUGCUCUCUUUUUUUGUGAACUACCAUAUGGUAAUUGGGUGCAUGUUUUGGUAAUUCAUGAGAAUGUAUCUUGCAAAUGUUUAUUGAUCAUGGCUAUAAUGUCAAGAUGUUUGGUUUGACAUAAUGAUUGUUACAAUAGCGAAUAUGUAUCAUUGUUAUAAUGCAAUGGACUGGUUCUGGUUUGGUAAUAAAUGGAAGUACAGCUCGAGAAACUCACCAUUCUAGCAGCGGAUUGAGCUUCGGACAUGGUGGUGUAGUGUAAUGCUUUCCUAAUAAGCCAUAGUGGAAACU